AUGAUAAAUAUCAGCAGUGUCGAGCAGCCCCUUGAUUUGCCAAAGUUGAUCGUCAGUUCUCAGAUGAAGGAUGCAUCUUCUGGCAAAGGAUCCAGUGAGAAGGUUUAUGUCAAAUGAAAAGGAAAUAGAGAACUUACAGGAACCUUGAUUGUCUAUGAUGUGCAUAUGAAUAUCCUCUUGAAAGAUUGUGUAGAAACAGUGACCAAAAGAUCUGAUGAUGAAGAUGAAGAUACUCCUCCAGAGAUUAUCACAAACCAUCACCCAUUUUUGUAUAUGAGAGGAGACUUAGUGAUCUUACUGUCAGUGUCAUAAAAUUCAAUAUUUGGCAAAAUA